GCUGUCCCCCCUCAGCGGCGGCGGACGUUCCGUUCGGAGAUGCGGUGCUUAAGCUGAGGGAUGCCGUACUGGCCGCCGAGACCUGCGAGGAGCUGUUCACCCCGCAGGCCCCGCACAUCUCCCUGGCGCUAGCGGGGGUUGAGGUGAUCAGCAACGGCAGUGGCAGCCACCAUCAGCUGCGCAAGUUGGACACGCGGCUGGACCUGAUCCGGGGGGCCACUGCCAAGGCGGGCGGGGUAUAUCUGUACGCCAACCAGCGCGGCUGCGACGGCGGCCGACUCUACUUCGACGGCUGCGCGUGUGUGGCGGUGAACGGGGCGCUGGUGGCGCAGGGGGGGCAGUUCGGUCUGGCGGAGGUGGAGGUGGUGGCGGCCACGGUGGAUCUG